AUGUUUUCACUUCGACCGCUGCAGCGUGCAGCGCCCUCGCCUUUCCGUAUAUGCUCGACUUGUCUGCGCAAGUACUCCGUCACUCCACCACGGCGACAUGAUGCCAGUGACAGACAGAAGAAGGUGAUAUUCUCCGGAAUCCAGCCCACCGGAGUACCACAUCUAGGAAACUAUCUCGGCGCACUGCGACAGUGGGUGAGGCUUCAAGAUGAAGCAUCUCCGGACACCACACUUCUGUUCUCCAUAGUCGAUCUGCACGCCGUCACGAUAAAACAGGACCCCAGUGAAUUGGCAAGAUGGCGAAAAGAGAUGCUGGCUAGUCUGCUAGCAGUGGGACUCGAUCCUAAGAGAUGCAUCAUAUUUGCGCAAAGCAGCGUGAAGCAGCAUGCCGAACUCAUGUGGAUUCUCAGCUGUGGUGCAAGCAUGGGCUACCUGGGACGGAUGACCCAGUGGAAGAGCAAACUCUCCCUCCCAGCUAAUGCCUCCCCACUCGACCCCUCAAACAACAAAGACGCCCUGAAACUUGGUCUUUUCUCUUAUCCCGUCCUCCAAGCCGCUGAUAUCCUCCUCUACAACACCACCCAUGUCCCAGUCGGCGAAGACCAAGCCCAGCACCUAGAGUUCACGCGGGAGCUAGCUGUUGGAUUCAAUCACGUUUACUCAGAGUCACGACCUCUGUUGACCGUUCCGCAAACCCUUCUCAGUCCUGCCAAACGAGUCAUGAGCUUGACUGAACCAACAAAAAAGAUGAGCAAGAGCGAUCCGAAGCCAAAGAGUCGCAUCAUGAUAACAGACUCAAAAGAGAAAAUACACGCAAAGCUGAAGACAGCAUUGACAGACUCAAUUGAAGGAGUCAGCUAUGAUCGUGAAAGCAGACCUGGUGUGUCAAAUCUGAUAGAUCUUAUGUAUCAUUUUGAUGACUCUCUCGCUGCAUCACCCGAAGACCUGGCAAAUGACUUGAAGGAUCUGAGUAUGCGGGCGCUGAAAGAAAAGGUCGCUGAUACCGUUGACAUGGGCAUCAGCGAUAUAAGGCAACGAUAUCAUGGAUUGAUGAGCGGAGAUCAGAAGGAACUAGUGCAGUGUGCGGAAGAAGGCGCGCGAAAAGCAGAGGAAAUUGCCGAAAGCACCAUGCAGAGGGUGAGAAAAGCUAUGGGCAUGGCAUGGUAG